GCGCAAUGAUUACAUCGCUCCAUUUCUUUCCAAUAGCAUUGCAAUAUGCUUUUGGAUUGCUCUAUCUCUUUCCUCGUCAAUACAUGACUACAUGACAGAAGCUAAAUAGCUUUCAGUAUAGAUCAUUAAACAGCAAAAAAAGAAUUAAUUUUUCAAAUUCUUCUCGUGUUGAAAAGGAUAAUCGUGAAAAAUGUGGUGAUCUUGAAACGAAACCAAAUUACUUGUUACCUACAAUCGCAUUGCAUCGGGUGUUACCUCGUCUGCAUGUAUUUUUCGACAAUCUUAAGAGUUUUGAAAAUGAUUUAUCAGCUUUUUUGGUUUUUAACGACAUGCUUCACAUUUUUGUUCAAUGCACUGUGGCUUUGUUGUAACUUUGCCUCGGUUGGUAUACCGUGGCUUAUGCUGCUGUUCCUUCUAGUUUGCAUAGCUUCAAAAUUUGUCAAACUAAAAUGUCCUGCGAGCGAAAUUGUACAAUCGAUGCUGCAUAGGAGUGAAAAAGGUGUUGAAUCCGAAGUACUCUACUGGCCAAUAGUCAGCAGGGGUGGGGCCUUCGAUGCACCGGAAAAUUCACUAGCCGCCAUAAAUCAUUGUUUGUCACAGAAAUGUUACAAUAUAUUACUUGAUCUAACAAUCACAAGUGAUGGACAUCUGGUGGUGCUUAAUCGAACAACCUUGGAGAAGGCCAACAUAAAUGAACCCAUCCAUAAGUUGAAGCUGAGCUCGUUGGAAAAUUUCAACAUAUCGGAACAUCAUCCGCUAGGGCAACAUUUUCAAUCGGAAAAAAUCAUCACUUUUGAAAGAUUACUCAAACUUCUGGAAACCAACGAGUUGACGGUGUUUCUGCUAGCGUCACAUACCAAUGCGAAACUGAUAGAACUUGUACGGGAAGCAGUUGGCAAGAAUUCACUUUUUUCCAAACGCAUAAUCUUUUGCUGCUCAUCACCGGUUUCCAUUUAUCAGUUACGCCAGCAUUGCCCUGACCUAUUAUGUGGACUGUGGAUGGAAAAAUCCGCUCUAUCACGAACCCAGCAGUACCUAAAUGCAUCGACUAUUUUGAUGUCCGUCUACGGUGCCAUCUUUCGUAACAUAAUAUCACCGGUAAUCGGAAUCAGCUUGGUGUUCAUUCAUAAGGACGAGUUUAAUGCACAAAUAUCAACCUUAUGGCACAACGUGGGUGUUCGACCGAUUGUUUACACGAUCAAUUCUCCGAAUGAGAAACGAUAUUUCCAACAGGUAACGAAAACACAAUAUCUGACCGAUUCCCUGCGCUCGGAACCGCAGGUAAUCUUCCGAGCGAAACGCAAAUAGAUCGACAGACCAGGCAGCAUAUACAUUGGAGUCAUAAAGUCGUAACCACCAGCAGCGUGUGACAGUGUGCAUCAGUUUAAGUGGCCAUCUCAUUUUGCAUUUUUGAAAGCUUUAUAGAUUUUUGUGUUCCUUUAUCUAGCAAUCAAUUAGUUUUCUUUUGUUUUGCAGACUGGAUUUAUUUAUUUUUUAGUUAUAAUUGUCUUAUAAUUAUUUAUUUAUUUUACUACUGCUAAAUAAGUUAUGAACGAUUUUGUACAUAGAAAAUUAAGCUAUACAGACCAAGAGAGGAUCUCAACAUUAUCCUUCAUGUAGUAUCUUUUCUAGCCGAACGAAGACGUACUAUUCAGAUUAGGAUUUCGAAUACUUAUAUUAAACAAUACAGUUUUUGCUUUAUGUCUACAUUUCUUUUCUUAUAUUGCUAGCAUUUAUGCAUGCGAAAUUAUUGAAAAUGCUAUUGUAUUUCAAGCAGUCGAGUCACUAUACAUUUGUUUUGUAUCAAAAUAUACGAAUAAAGAGAUUUAUAUAAU